AUGUAGGGCACAAGUACCGCAUCAGAAGAAGAGUGCAGUCAUGCAGAUGCCAAAAGUAAUAUUCAUUCCCUGUGCAAGAUCACAUCGAUUUGAGCGACGGGAGAUCGAAGUUUUUGAAGAAGUCAAGGUUGGUAGAAGUGUAGCCAGAUGUAAGACAUCCCCUGACAAUGCCAUAUUCGAUUGUAAAGUUCUCUCCCGAAGUCAUGCUGUUUUGUGGUACCAGGAUGGAUCGAUCUGGAUAAAAGACACUGCGAGCAGUAACGGAACCUUCAUCAACAACACACGACUAUCACGCGGCGGCGAGGAAAGCGAACCGUUCAGAAUAAGCUCAGGGGACGAGAUUCAGUUUGGGGUUGAUGUUAUGGAAGCGAAGAAGAAGGACGGUGGAAAUCCCAUUACUCACGGGUGUAUCAUCGCAAAAGCAACUGUCAUCAUACCAGACGUGAUGUUACCUAAUCCUAACUAUGUUAUCAACAAUCCAAUGUUAAAUUCACGAUCGCUGUCUUCCAGCUCAGAGACCUUGAACAACAUCGACGAAGAUCAAGAUAUUUUAGAAUUACACGCUGCCAUAAAGAAUGCAGUUAACAGAGAGAAUCUGUUGCACACACGAUUACAAGAGUUAGAGGGUAGAUUAGGAAUAGCUAUUGAAGCUGCAGAAUUAGGCUGGCAAGCUCUUAUAAAAGAAGAUAAAUUAUUGGCUCGUAUCGAGCUUCUUGAGAAUCAACUUGAAAUAUUUACUAGAAACCCAACAGAAGAUCAGAACAAAAUAAUCCAGCUUGAAAAUGAGAAACAUGACUAUCAGAUCCACGCAAAGGACAGUUUGCGGGCAAUCUGCCUCGAAAAGUCUGACGUUGGCCGAAAAUGUGCCGAUUUAGAAAACCUUUUAACCACUGCUAGAAUCGAAGUUAGCCAUCACAAGAAUCUUCACGAAUCGACGCAAGCUGAGCUUAUCAAAGUUCAAGACGAGCUUCGAAAGAGAACGACUGAAUUAGAAACAAAGGAAGCAGAAUUCAAGAAUUCUCUUGAAACAACUGAAGUAGAGCACAAGGAGGCUAUGGAGGAGCUCAACAAGAAGCUUGAGGAAAUGACCCAGAGUAAUACCGAACUUAAGGAGCAGAGGAGCGAGCUGGAGAAGCAACUCGAAGAUGUUGCUCAAGUUCACGAAGCGCAGAUCACUUCGUUACAAAGCGAUGUCGACACUUUAAAGACUAGCUUAGAGUCUGCCGAUGAGAAGAAGGCUGAGCUCGAGGCAGUGGUCGAGAAGAAUGAAUUCCUGAAAAACGAGAAUUAUCGAUUAGAAGAAGAGCUUAUCAAACUUCGCGAGGAGGUAGAGGCUGGAACUGCAUCAUCGCCCAAUACGACUGUGGUUGUGGAAACUGAAACCAAAACAACCUCUUGUGAGGUCUCGGUUGACAUACAAUUCAGCGAGGCUUCCACUAACACUGAGCCCAAUGCACGUGAUCCUGGCAGCAGAGAACUGUCUAAUGAGGAUCAAGAAAACCAAAUGAACACCGUCAACAUCAAAGACUCAAUGUCUCAAACAGAGAAAUGGUUCGACGCUAUUUCUCCGUCGUCUUCCAAAUCGGAUAUAUUCUCUUCCUCAUUUACCGCUGGGGACAAGAGAUAUCGAUCUCUAAGACAAGGAAGAAGGGAGGGUCCACGACCGUGGUCAAAUUCUAACGCUUUUGAGGGGUCUAUCGCUCACGCCAUGGCGCUAAUCGAAUCUCUUGAUGAUAUCAAAAGUUCUUGCGUAAAGUUCCGAGAAGAAACAGAAAGGGACGGGGACGAUGUUGAGUUGAGUUUAGGCAGUGCAUCAGAGGAGUUGUCAGUGACAGAUGACUCUAAAUCUGACUCUAAACCCGACAUCAACACGACCAUCUCACCCCCUCCUAAGAGACGCAACUCUUACCGAGAGGCUUGCGAAGAGGAAGAGUUAGACACGAUGGGUACGACCACACUUCGUGUAGAUGAUCCAUUUGAUGACACGAGUGAGGCAGAUGAGCAGUAUGAGUUGGCUCCUGAAGAUCACCCUGGCGCUUCCUCCUCUAGUGUCAUUCUUAACAAAGGGAGCGCGGUGGUGCCGAGGCCUCCUCCAAGAUCACAUAGGAAGGUUGAAUCUGCAAGUUCGUCUCCAAGACCAGACCAGUGCGAGAGUCCAAUUAAUCGGCAAGGUAAUGGGAUGGAGAGUCGGCUGCAAUAUUACCAGGAAGCUCUGGAGUCAGGGGAAUAUCCAGCGCUGGUUUGUUCUCUACUAGAAUUCGGAGCUGAUCACUGGCACACCCUGAGCAUCUGCUGGCACCUCGCUACCACCUUCUCUCACUCUCAUCUCCGAUCAUGUGACCUGAGGGUGUCCCGCGGACUCCCCACCUUGACCUUGCCAGAUUUGGGUGCAAGUGCAGAGCACCUCAGAGCGAGCUCUCAAGAUCUUGUGGCCGCCAGGGACAAGGCUGGAAUAUUGGAGAAGGAUCUAGAAUCAAAACAGCAGGAACUGGAUGGCAUCACCACCAAGUUAUCAGAAUUGAAGUCACGAGUAGAUGAGUUGGAGUCAGCUGAGAAGGACCACCUAGAGAAACUAGAUGACAGGAAAGCAGAGAUUGACAGCUUGAAACGCGAGAUAUCUCGGCUGAAGACUGUCGAGGAAGAGCACGAGCGAUUAAAAGCAGAGAAUGCUAGACAGUCGGAGGAGACAGCCAGGAAGAACGAGGUAGCCACUCUUAAUGCCACCAUUACCACCCGGGAUAACGAGAUAUCCAUCCUCAAGAAACAAGUCGACGAUUUUGAAAAGGCUAAUUCCGUCUCGAAAAAGGUCCUCAAAACCCUUCAGGUCGACGUCGAUGAGCUUGAAGCUCGAUUAGCGAAGAAAGACAAUGAAAAAGCAGAACUCACCCGGUCCUUCUCAGAAGAUUUUGAAGCAGAAUUGGAGAAAGAGAGAGCCAGACACGACGCUGAGUUACAGAAACAGGUCGGAGAUAUUGAAGCUAAGUUGAAUGAGAAAGAGAAACAACUGGAAGCUCUGAUCGCUGAGCUGAACGAGGCUAAAGCCGAGCAAGAAAACUCAUCACGAAUGGAGAGUGAGUUGGACACGCUGCAGAAACAAAUCGAGAGUCUGACCGGCCGACCUACUUCUGAAGAUAUGGCCGAGGUAGAAUCGCAGCUCGCUGCAAUGACGGAAGCUCUGGAGAAGAAGGAGGAUGAGCUGAUCGAAAUGACCGCCAUGCACAACAUUACUAUCCGCGACAAUAAAGACCAGCUGGAAACUUUGGAAGCUGAAGUGUUGAGAUUGAGCGAUGCACUGAAGGAUGCAAAUGGUGCCAAAGAAUCUUUCGAGGAUGAAAAUGAGGAGCUGGAGAAAGAGCUUGCUGCUGCCAAACAAGAUGCCGAACAGAAAGUAUCUGAACUGCGUGAACAGCUAAACCUGGAAACAAACGAGGCUAAAACCGCGGCCAAAACCGCGGCAGACCAAUGUCUGAGUUUAUCCUCGGAAGUUGAACUCCUGACUAAGGAGCUCGCUGUUUCCAAGGAAGAUGCCGAACAGGAACUAGCUGAACUGCAUGAGCAGCUAAACCUGGAAUCAGACAAGACUAAAAUUGCGGCAGACAGUUGUCUGAGUUUAUCCUCGGAAGUUGAACUUCUGACAAAGGAGCUCGCUGUUUCCAAAGAAGAUUGUGAGAACCUUCUCACUAAAAACAAAGCUGCUAGUGAAUUCAUCGUAGAGCUCCAAAAUGACUUGAAGGCAGCAGAUGAAGAAAAAACUUCCCUCGAGCAUGAACAUGACAAGUUGAAAGAGCAGCUUGCAGCUGUUCAACUUGAGGCCAGCGAAAAGUCAAAUGCUCUAGAAGCUACUAUUGCUGCCCUGCAGACCGAGCUUAACAACAUGAAGAACAGCCAAGUCUCUGCCAUAUCAGAUGCUGAGUCGGAGAUUUCAGAAAAAUCCGAGGAGCUAGCAGUAGUUCAAUCGGAAAACGAAUCCCUGGAAGCCGAGAAAGAAAUUCUCAUGGUUGAAAAGGAAGAAAAAUCAGAGCUGCUAGCAGCUGCUCUGUCCGAUAACGAAUCCUUGGAAUCCGAGAAGGAUGUUAUCCUGGGUGAAAAAGAAAACCUAGAAUCCGCCAGUGCCGAACUGCAGUCUGAGGUAGAAACUUACAAGAAAGAUCUUGAAGCCCUGGCAGAAUCACACCACAAUCUCCAGCUUCAGAUCCAAUCGCUUCAAGGUGAUCACAGUAAGCUGAACGAGGAUCUGGUCACUCUCCAGGAACAACUUGCUAAAGCUUCCUCCGAGAGGGACGCCGCCCUGACAGAGCUGGACUCGGCCAGGGAGGAGAUGAACCUCAAGAUCGAGGAAGAAGUGCUGAAGAAAUCUGCUGAGAUCGUGGUUGAACAGGAGCAGGUUAAGACCUUGACCUCGAGCCUGAGCGAAUAUGAGGGCCAGAUUGCUGGCUACAAGUCCAAGCUGGAGGAAAUGCAAAAAUUGGCCGAUCAGCUUGAUUCUGUGAACGCUGAACUGACCAAAUCUCAAGCCGAAGCUAACUCCAUUCGACAAAAGUAUGACGAAUUAGACGGAGAGUUUAAGGUCAAGGACUCUUUGAUCAAGUCGACAAAAGAUUAUAAUGACGAUCUCAUGAAGCAAUUGUCAGAGGCUAAACAGAGUGGCGACAAAUUACAAAAAUCGUUGAAUAAUUACGAGAAUUCCCAAAAAACGCGGGAAGGCAAAGCCGAGCGAACGAUCAGCAAGAAUGAAAAAGAACUUAAAGAUCUGAAGGCUGCUCUGAACAAAGCCACCAAAGAGGCUGUCUCCAACCAGAAGGAAACUAAGCGCAGCAAAGAUCAGCUGCUGAACGUGAAGGCAAACCUGAAGGAGACCCAAGAUAAGCUGACCAGGAUCUCGAAAGAGAAAAAGACUCUGCAAGUCCAGCUGAACACUCCACCCACCACCCCCUCCCCUCCCCCUGCCACCGUCACUGAAAACGGAGACAUCCAGAGCUUAGAUAAGAUUAAGUCUCUGGAGAACCAGAUAAAAGACCUAAAGAAACAGAAGGAAUCUAAGAAGGCUUUAGCGGAACCAUCACCGAAGGAGCAGUCUCAAACGGGCGUAAUGAUGGGAGCCAUUGGUCUGGCGGGGGUCAGCAGUGCACUCAGUGCUUACAUCGCCACUCUCUACGGUUGCUAAGCAACUUAUUUCAGCUACUCCUCCUUUCCCCAUUUUUAUCCACCAAAUUAGAUGUAAUAACUUAUAUUUUAAAAUUAAAGGUGUUUCUGCUUACUUUUUGUUUGUUAUUGAGCGCUGUGGCCUUUUUCUAUCGAAACCGCCCGACGAUGUCUGAGAGCGGUCGAGAUAUUAAUUCUCCAUCCAAUAAUAUGCUUCUAGUUUAAAGUAUUAGAGGUAUUUGUUUACUAUAAAGCUGACAAAUUGAGUGGAGACGAUUCUCUCUGAGUCUGACCCUUUUAUCAGCCAUCUCGUUUAGUUGUCACUGUUUUAAAUGGUGCGGCCAACGUCUCAUAUUUUUCGAUUACUACUAAAUACGACAUUUGAUAUGUGGGUUAUAUAGCUAAUCAUCGUAGCUCAGUUACAGUUUCUCUAUUUUUAAUAAGAAGAUAUGGUUCAUUAAAUCUGAUUCACCGACGAGAAAUGAAUUUCGUGCUCAACUAGCCACAGUUGAUGCACCGAAUUCUACAUUAUUACUUCAAGUUUUGUUAAGAAGAUUGAGAAAUUGAACUGUUAAUUUUGUUUUGAUUGUAAUUGUUCUUUAAUUCAAUUUAAUAAA